AUGAGUGAAUCAGGGCGCCUGAAGAGACGGAGUCAGAAUCUGCUGCACUUUUCCCUCAACAGGACAAGCUCCGAUGCCGAAGCACAGUACAAUGCCGGCGCACCGAAAUCUGAGGCGUUGCCUGCCCGGUCGGCCACGCCACAGGUUGGCAAUCACCAGCAGGCCCCACUGCCCACAAAGAAGGAGCUUGCCGCUCUAGCGAGACUGCCGACGAGUACGGCACGACCGAAGCCAGCGGGCAAUUCGCCCAGGAAACCCCUGGGCGGUGGUAUCAACAAUGUUGUCGUCCAACCUUUGCCCGACUCUCCUCCAAGGAAACUCCCAUUGGGCCGUAUGGAUCAGAUCACCCAAGUCUUCCGACCACAGCAAAACCAGAUCCCUGAGCCAGCACCCGUCGCUGACAAAGAAGAACAUGAUGAAACAAAGUCUAUCUUUGCAGGGGACUCACUGCCAGAUGAUUGUCUGGCUUCAGGCUACACGACAGAGUUGAUGGUGGGCCCAGACGAGGAAGCAGACAAUUUCAAGGCUCGGAUCCAGGCGCAAAACGAGGAGCCACGCCAGACGGCACCAGACAGGCGCGAGAGCGAGAGCAAGCCAGAGCGCUCCGAGCGCCUUGAAUGGGGCAAGAAACACCAUCAUGCUCCCAAGCCAGCGAAUGGCGGCUUUGUUUUCCACGCGGAUGGAAGCGGGAAGAUGGCUGUCGCCCAUGUUCAGCAGCGUCUAGAGGCCUCGCAAGUCGGGGAUGGGUUCAGGAACGAGCCUUUGGCAGAACGGCGACCAUACCAUGCAACACGACACUACCGCCCCGCGACGACUCCGCCGCCGCCACCACAGGCCAGGACAGAGAUUCCCAUAAGACAGGUGAAUGUCACAAAGGAGCAAAGAGCACACAAGAAGAAUCACCAUUCGAGGAACUAUUCCUCUGCGUACGAAAAGGACCCGGCACCCAAACAAAGCCGGCGAGCGGUGCGCAAGCAGGAGGCGAUGACAGUGAUCAACUUGACGGAUGACGGAGGCCCAGAGAGUGAUGGUUACGAGGACGAGGAGGAUAUCUACGAGACCCCGAGACCCAGAGCAAAACAAAGCAAGGCCAGGACAAUUUCAAAGGAUCACCUCUUGGAAAGUGCCCUGCCGCCGCCAACGAUGGAUCUCAGCAACCACCAGAGCAGGAAGCGCAGCCGCCCCGCGACGGACUACGACGACAAGGUCCUCAGCUCCAUGUCCUGGGCUGACUUGCAAAAGGAGCCCUUUGACCAUGAUCCCUCCCAGGCCGCCGCGCAUUCCCACGGGCAGGGCGGUAGCGAAAUAGACCAGUUGACCAAGAACCUGGAACAGCUCAAGUCCAAGAGCGACGAGGACCAGCGGGCCUUCUUCUGCACAACGUCCAUGGAGGACUGGGAAAAGUCGGGUGACUGGUUCGUCGACCAGUUUGCCGACCUGAUGAAGAAGCUCCGCGAUGCGCGGCGGGCGAAGCGGGAGAUGGUGAGCGGGUUCGAGAAGGAGGCGGCGCAGCGCGAGGAGGCUGUGCGCCAACGCAGGGAGGCGAUCGAUCGCAAGCUGGCUAAGAUGAAGCAGGACGGACGACGGGUUGUUGGGGGGAGCUGA